AUGACCAUAGAUCCCUCGUCCCUGCCCAAGUGCAUCCUCAUUCAAAUCACCAGGAACCCAACAAAUCUCUAUAGAAAAUUAAAUCCUUACCUUGUGCUGAACAUCAUGAAGAUCCCUUUCACAACACUGCUGGCUUCAGUGGCCUUCUUCCUCGCUACCACUGAAGCUGUUGAACCCUGUGUAUACGUUGGCAUCAGUUCUUCUGAGUAUAAUGAGACACUUAACAUCAAGACGGCCCUCGAAUAUCGCCCCACCUAUGUUUCCGCAUACGCCAACGCCUAUGGUGAAGCAAGAUAUAAUGUCAUCUUUGAGAAGCCCUCAGCUACCCCAGCAUGGCAUACAAACUUUGGGUAUAACGCCAAUGAUUUCGACAAGACCUUCGAGGAGUACAAGAAGGAUGGAUUCCGACCUACCCUAGUGGAAGGAUAUUACUCUGGCGGAGAGCGUCACUAUGCCAGUAUCUGGGAGAAAAACAACGAAAACAUCGCCUGGGAAGAACGCAGAAACAUGUCGGAAGAUGAAUUCACAAGCUGGUACAAUGAUUUCGUUGGCAAGGGUUAUACACUCAGGCACCUUAGCGGAUACUCCUUCAACGAUCAAGAGCAGUUUGCCGGCGUGUUUGAAAAAAAACCUAGUCCACCGCGGAAAGCAUUGAGGCUCGGAAUCGAUAAUCAAGCCAAUGAGAGAUUUGCAGGCUUCGAGGUAAUCUUAUCUGAUCUGGCCGAUCUUAUCGAUCUUAUCGAGUACGAAAGGAGGGGGGAAACGUCGAAAUUCAUGAUCACAACCGGAACGGUUUACCUCUCCUGGCACGAAGCGUUGGUUGGAAUUGCAAAUACGACUAGGCCGGCUGUCAUUUUUUUUUUGCCAACUCUCCGAGCGUUAACGACCUCAUCACCGUAUCUGGGGAUGAUUAAUGACUGA